AUGUCUGAAGGUCAACAGGCACAGCAUCCUCAGGCCACAGGUGCCAGCUGGACGUCAUUCAUAAAGUCCAUCGCAUCCUUCAACGGCGAUCUGUCGUCUCUGACCGCCCCUCCCUUCAUUCUCUCCUCGACCAGUUUGACCGAGUUCAGCUCCUACUGGUGCGAACACCCUGCCGUCUUUGCAGCACCCGCUUCGGAGCCAGACGCAGCAAAGCGAGCUGUCCUCGUACUCAAGUGGUUCUUGACGACCCUGAGGCAACAAUACGCCAGCCGAAGCGAACAAUAUGGCAACGAAAAGAAGCCGCUCAACCCGUUCCUCGGAGAACUCUUCUUGGGCUCAUGGCAAGACAAUGCUGGCACCACCGAGCUGAUUAGCGAGCAAGUGAGUCACCACCCGCCUGCGACCGCCUAUAGCAUCACCAACGACAAAUCCGGCGUACACCUCGAGGGCUUUAACGCACAGAAGGCUUCCUUCUCCAAGACGAUCAACAUCAAGCAGAUCGGACACGCUCUUCUGACCGUUCCCAACCCCUCGAAGCCCGGAGAAAAGGACACAUACCUCAUCACACUUCCAUCCCUGCACGUCGAGGGACUCCUGUUUGGAGCACCUUUCAUAGAGCUGGACGGCGCCUCAUACAUUACAAGUUCCACUGGCUUCACUGCCAAGAUCGACUACAGUGGCAAGGGUUGGUUGAGCGGCAAGAAGAACUCCUUCACCGCGGUACUCCACCCGACUGGAAAGGAGAAGGAGGUCGUUUACAAUGUUUCGGGCCAAUGGACCAAGGCUUUUGAGAUCCACUCGGGCGCUGCCAAGCACAACAGCAGCAGCAACCUGGUCGACUCAUGGGAUCCAGCUUUGACUGCCACCAGCAAGUUGAUCGUGGCUCCCAUUGAGAAGCAGCACCCCUUGGAAUCCCGCCGCGCCUGGGCAAACGUUGCCAAGGGCAUUGCUAGUGGAGACAUGGACUUUGUUGGCAAAGAGAAGACCAAGAUCGAGCAAGCUCAGCGUGCCAUGCGCAAGAAGGAGCAAGAAGAGGGUCGCAUUUGGGAGAGACGGUACUUCACUGCCAUGCCGGAAGGUUCUGACGCAGCGCUCAGCACACUUGCCGCGAACGUUGGCAUGAGUGAGACGGGAGAUUCUGACAAGACUGGUGGCCUUUGGAGAUACGACCCGUCCAAGGCUGAGAAGGUCAAGGGCCAGGAGCCCACGGAAGAACAAAAGGCAUUAUUGGCGACGGAAUUGUUGGGGCAGUAG